AUGAAGACCUUCGUGUUCUGCCUUCUCCUCGCUGGAGCGCUCGCCGCUCCAUCGCACAAGCUGAGGUUCAGUUUAGGUAACUACAAGAUCGUGGGAGGCACCGAUGCUGAGCCUGGUGAGUUUCCUUAUCAGCUGAGCUUCCAAGACAUCAGUUACGGUGAUGCGUGGCACUUCUGUGGCGCCUCCCUCUACAAGGAGAACUGGGCCAUCUCUGCUGGUCAUUGUGUCUACGGUGAAGACUUUAACAAUCCAGAUUAUCUUCAGGUUGUGGCUGGUGAACACGACAUGUCUGUAAACGACGGCAAUGAACAAACAUCUGUUCUGUCUAAAAUCAUUCUUCACGAGGAUUUCAAUGCAUAUUACCUGUAUAAUGACAUAUCCCUCCUUCAACUAGCUACGCCUGUUACUUUCAGCGAAUUUCGUCGAUGUAAUGCACUUCCCGAACAGGGUCAGCAAGCCUCUGGUGACUGCGUCGUCACAGGCUGGGGUACCUUUGAAGAGGGAGGAGACACUCCCAAUAUCUUGCAGAAAGUGACUGUCCCUCUCGUGUCAGACAGUGAAUGCCGCGAUGACUAUAGUGUGGAUGACGUUUCUGAUUCCAUGAUUUGCGCUGGCGUUGCAGAGGGAGGAAAGGACUCAUGUCAGGGUGAUUCUGGUGGACCUCUGGCGUGUGAUGACACUGGAUCUCGCUAUUUAGCUGGCAUCGUUUCUUGGGGGUACGGCUGUGCUCGUCCCGGCUACCCCGGUGUGUACACUGAGGUGGCUUACUUCUCUGACUGGAUACAGGAAAACACCGCGUUCUCCAAGAUCACGUCACUGAAAGAAGCUUUCAUCGUCACUUUUCUCGAUGAUACUGAAGCUGACAAGGUGCUUACACCUACUGCCUUGAAGACCUUAGAAGACCGAGGCUUUACCAUCUCUACGUCACUAUACAUGCUUGCAAAACGUACAGUGUUUAUGAAACGUCUUGACAAGCUAAUCACGAACAUGACCAUCCAGGAAAUUACUACAUCACUUGAAGACCUCAACACCUGGGCCAAGAUUGACAAUAGACCAGCCAUGAAGACCUUCGUGUUCUGCCUUCUCCUCGCUGGAGCGCUCGCCGCUCCAUCGCACAAGCUGAGGUUCAGUUUAGGUAACUACAAGAUCGUGGGAGGCACCGAUGCUGAGCCUGGUGAGUUUCCUUAUCAGCUGAGCUUCCAAGACAUCAGUUACGGUGAUGCGUGGCACUUCUGUGGCGCCUCCCUCUACAAGGAGGACUGGGCCAUCUCUGCUGGUCAUUGUGUCUACGGUGAAGACUUUAACAAUCCAGAUUAUCUUCAGGUUGUGGCUGGUGAACACGACAUGUCUGUAAACGACGGCAAUGAACAAACAUCUGUUCUGUCUAAAAUCAUUCUUCACGAGGAUUUCAAUGCAUAUUACCUGUAUAAUGACAUAUCCCUCCUUCAACUAGCUACGCCUGUUACUUUCAGCGAAUACGUCGAUGUAAUUGCACUUCCCGAACAGGGUCAGCAAGCCUCUGGUGACUGCGUCGUCACAGGCUGGGGUACUUUAGAAGAGGGAGGAGACACUCCCAAUAUCUUGCAGAAAGUGACUGUCCCUCUCGUGUCAGACAGUGAAUGCCGCGAUAACUAUAGUGUGGAUGACGUUUCUGAUUCCAUGAUUUGCGCUGGCGUUGCAGAGGGAGGAAAGGACUCAUGUCAGGGUGAUUCUGGCGGACCUCUGGCGUGUGAUGACACUGGAUCUCGCUAUUUAGCUGGCAUCGUUUCUUGGGGGUACGGCUGUGCUCGUCCCGGCUACCCCGGUGUGUACACUGAGGUGGCUUACUUCUCUGACUGGAUACAGGAAAACACCGCAAUGGUGGCGUGGAAUAUGAAUCUUCUCCAGAGACCAACCAUGAAGACCUUCGUGUUCUGCCUUCUCCUCGCUGGAGCGCUCGCCGCUCCCUCACGUAAGCUGAGGUUUCGUUUAGGUAACAACUACAAGAUCGUGGGAGGCACCGAUGCUGAGCCUGGUGAGUUUCCUUACCAGCUGAGCUUGCAGGACAUUAGUUGGGGUCUUGCAUUUGAUUUCUGUGGUGCCGCCCUCUACAAGGAGAACUGGGCCAUUUCUUCUGGUCACUGUAUCGAACACGAUGACUUUGACAACCCAGAUUAUCUCCAAGCAGUGGCUGGUGAGCACGACAAGUCUGUAAAUGAAGGCAAUGAACAAUCGUCAAUUCUGUCUAAAAUCAUUCUUCACGAAGACUUCGAUGGAUAUUACCUGUAUAAUGACAUAUCCCUUCUUCAGCUGUCUACGCCUCUUACUCUCAACGAAUACGUGGAUGUAAUUUCGCUUCCCGAACAGGGUCAUGAAGCCUCUGGUGACUGCGUCGUCACAGGCUGGGGCGACUUAGAAGAGGGAGGACACACUCCCAAUAUCCUGCAGAAAGUGACUGUCCCUAUUGUGUCAGACAGUGAAUGCCGCGAUGACUAUUCUGUGAAAGAGAUUUCUGAUUCCAUGAUCUGCGCUGGCUAUCCACAAGGAGGGAAGGACUCGUGCCAGGGUGAUUCUGGCGGACCUCUAGCGUGUGAUGACGGCGGAUAUCGUUAUCUAGCUGGCAUCGUGUCUUGGGGGUAUGGCUGUGCUCGUCCCAACUACCCCGGUGUUUACACUGAGGUGGCUUACUUCUCUGACUGGAUACAGCUAAGCACUUUGUAUUGGUCUAUAUUAGCAAACCAGUGUUAUUCUGGGUUGUGUAUCUUGAUAACAGAAAUGAGUGAAGGUAGUAUAAAUAGUGGCGGGGAGCUGUACUGUGCACCAGACACCACAGCCAUGAAGACCCUCGUACUGUGCCUAUUCCUCGCCGGGGCGCUAGCCGCUCCUUCGCGUCAUCUGAGAUAUCGACUCAGUAACUAUAAGAUUGUUGGUGGCACUGAUGCUGAGCCAGGCGAGUUUCCUUACCAGCUGAGCUUCCAGGAAACUUUCUUGGGUUUCAGCUUCCAUUUUUGUGGAGCUUCCAUUUACAGUGAGAAAUGGGCCAUAACGGCUGGCCACUGUGUUUACGGGGACAACUACAACAAUCCCAGCGGCCUCCAAGUUGUGGCUGGAGAGCUAGACUUAAGCAGGAAUGAUGGUACGGAACAAUAUUCCAGCGUGUCAAGAAUAAUCCUACAUGAUGGCUUCGAUUAUGAUUUAUUGACAAACGACAUAGCUCUUCUUGAGUUGGCUCAGCCCUUAGAGUUCAACGAGAAUGUAGGUCCGGUUACUCUUCCUGAACAAGGACAUCAGGCAACUGGUGAUUCUGUUAUCACAGGCUGGGGCACUCUCACUGAGGGAGGAAGUACCCCUGAUGUACUGCAAAAGGUGACUAUCCCUAUCGUAUCAGAUGAGGAGUGCCGUAAUGACUACAGUGCGGACGAUGUCUACGACUAUAUGAUCUGCGCUGGAGUUCCUGAGGGAGGAAAGGACUCUUGCCAGGGUGACUCUGGAGGACCAAUGGUUGCAAGCGACACUGGAUCACCAUAUCUGGCUGGCAUCGUGUCUUGGGGUUACGGCUGUGCACGUCCCAACCGGCCAGGUGUCUACACUGAGGUGGCUUACUUCGUUGACUGGGUUGUGGAAAAUGCUGUGUAAGCAGUGCAACUGAAAAUAUUGAGAGAUUGUAGCUCUCUCAGCAAAUAAACUUUAUCGAAUGUAACAA